UUGAUGCAAUUAGCUUCUUUAAUAUGAGGAGUCUAUAUAUUGUAGUAUUAUUUCGAUUUUUUUGGUUUAUCAUAGGUUCUGCAACUGGAAACAAUAACUGUAGUGACCCAGGAAAUUGGUCACUGUAUGAAGGUCAAUGCUACAGUUGUAAAAGUGACAAAGUUUCUUGGCAAUCUGCAAGAUCAUCAUGUUUACAAUUAGGAGGAAAUCUCGUAACUAUUAGUAAUUCAGGGAUCCAGACCUUUUUACUAAAUCUUUGUGGCACCACUUCCUCUCUCUAUUGGAUUGGUUUGAAUGAUAUAUCAAAUGAGGGCGACUUUGUAUGGGAUGGCACAUCAACACCUUUCUCUUACUCAAAUUGGUGGCCUGGCGAGCCAAAUGAUUCUGGAGGUGACGAUUGUAUAUUCAUUUCGGCGGGGAAUCAGUGGUUCGACCAUAAUUGCGACGUGAACUUAUCUUUCAUAUGUCAGAGAGUUUCAGACAUCGGCGAGUGUGUAAGUUCCCCUUGUGUACACGGCACUUGUACAGAUCAGUUAAACUCGUACACAUGUCAAUGCCAACCAGGAUAUACAGGAACUAACUGUGAUAUUGACUUCAACGAGUGUUCAAGUUCCCCUUGUGUACAUGGUACAUGUAUAAAUCAGGUUAACUCGUACACAUGUCAAUGCCAACCAGGAUAUAUCGGAACUAACUGUGAUGAAGAUGUGGAUGAAUGUCAAAGUUCACCCUGUAUUCAUGGCGUUUGCAGCAACCUUAUAAAUGCAUAUAGUUGUCAGUGUUAUCCUGGAUAUGAAGAGACUCAAUGUCAAAUAGAUAUAAAUGAAUGCUUAAGUUCUCCAUGUCAGCAUGGUACCUGUAUUGAUAAAAUAGAUUCUUACUCGUGCAACUGUUCCCCAGGAUAUAUUGGGAGAGCAUGUGAUACAGAUGUGGAUGAAUGUCAGAGUUCACCGUGUAUCCAUGGUAACUGUAGUGACCAUGUAAAUGAGUAUAGAUGUCAGUGUUUCCCUGGAUAUGAAGGACUUCAAUGUCAAAUAGAUAUAGACGAAUGCUUGAGCUCUCCGUGUCGACAAGGUACCUGUAUUGACAAAAUCAAUUCUUAUAUGUGCCACUGUUCACCUGGAUACACCGGUGUACACUGUGAAACAGAUGUAAAUGAAUGUUUGAGCUCACCUUGUGGUCAUGGCAGCUGCAUUGACAAAGUCAACUCAUUUGUUUGUGAAUGUACAUUUGGAUACAAAGGAAUUUCUUGUGACGAAUUUUCAGUUAAUACACUAUUGCUGCUUGUCCUUUUAACUUUCCUCCCAAUCAUCAUGUUAAUUUUCUCUUUUUAUCUGAGCAAAAGGAUAAAACAUAACAAAGUAGAAGACGUAGCCAUUUUUGUGUUCCCAGAUAUUUCAAUUGGGGAAUCCAAACCAAAAUUGGUGUUUCAAAAAUAAAAAUAAAAACGCACCCCCAAUAUUUUUAUUGUUUCCAUCAUUAAUUCAUAAUGGCAAGAAUUUUGGAGGCAGAACACAUUAACUUAUAAAGUUAGGUGUCCGCUAAUAAAGGAUCAAACUUGUCGUCAUACAUCCCAUGCAUAUUAAAUAUAUUUAAUGCUGACAUGAAUUAAUAAAUACGCGUUAUUUCCCUGUCAUCUCCUACUGUCGCUAUAUCAGAUUAAGAUUGUUACGCUCAUCGCUACAAAUCCCCAAUGUAAGGCCGAGAGCACUAUCAUCCUCUAUCGCAUUCAGGUAUAUCAUUCACCCGAACACACCAUAUUUUACAAACAAAUUUGAAAAAAAUCUUUUGACUCUGCACUAGUAAGGAAUAUCCAGUGAAAGACAAAAUAACAAAUAGACUGAAAUCCAGGCAUACAUUUCUCAGAAUCAUUGAUCACUGUAGAACGAUUUCCUGUGUUUCGCUGUUUAUCGUCGUUUCUGUGCAUAAAAUUUAAUCAUCCUCAGCGGCAGAUCGUCCAGCGACAAACUGGGCUUUAGAAAACAUGGUGCUUACCUACUGUGCUGAAUGUUAUAGGACCAGCGUCUGCAAUACAAUGUUGGCUAAAUGCACUCUGUAUAAACGACACGC